UGGAGAUGCAGAUGAUCAAAUUUAUAUUCCUGGGACUCUGACUAAAGUGUUUGGGAGAGAAGAAAAAAGACAGGUUAAGGAAAGUGAGGAGGACAACAAUAAGAGGGAUGACUCUCCCACUGAGAAACAACCCAUCGUCCUGCACCCCAAAUCACCAAUGGUCCUGCACCCCAAAAUCCCCAACAUUCGGAUUUGGACAAUUCCAAGCCUCGAUGGCCAAAACCACCCUAUUGAACACUUCGAUGUGUUGGUGGUCCUCACCUCAGAGCAGUACCAGGAUGACCUCCCAGGGCCUAUCAUGGAGCUCCGCGACAGGGACCAACCGCUGUUCUUAGUCAAAGCUGAACAGGAGUGGGAUCUGGUCCAGGAGAAGCUCGCAGGACCCUGUAAGACCUGUGCCUGGGAGAGAAUGAGAGCCCGUCAAAUGGAGAUUGAGAGGAAAAGGCUGGCAGCCACAGCUGGAGGAGCCGAAGUCCCAGAGGAUGUCAAGCAAACGUUACUAGAGUUAAGGGAGAUUGGAGCGACCAUGACUACAGCUCUGACUGAGCUGAGAAAGAAAGCCUUCUGUCAGUUCAUGGUGGAUGUUUUCAGAGAAAACAGAGUUCCAAAAUUGCUGAGGAAUGCCGAACAGUCUCUGCUGUCAGCUGGACUGAGAAUGGACAAGGUGCGUCAGGGGGACAUUGAUCGGAAUGGACACCUGUUCCAGUCCAGAGAUCUGACCAACCCCCCAUCCAGACUUCUCUCCGUCCUCACAGCCCUGGAGCACCUCCGACUGGACCUGGGGGUCCUCGGGCAGACGGGUUGCGGCAGCUCCAGCUUAGUCAACUCCCUCCUGGGCUUGAAGAACCAGGACGAGAGGGCGUCUCCCACUGGAGUCACUGAAACCACCAUGGAGGCUCUGGGGUUCCCUCACCCUGAGCUGCCUAAUGUCUGGCUGUGGGAUCUACCAGGGAUGGGCAGGGUGGGGGAUCUGGUUCCCUCCUUGACCAAGACAGAUCAGAAGGCUCCUUCAUCUUCUCCACAACCUCCAUCUCCAUUCCCUCCUCUGUCUCUGACUCCUCUGCACCCACCAUGUGAUGUCUACUUCCUGGUCUCGCCUCUCAGGCUUAGCCAGUUCUGUGUCCAGCUGCUGCAGAGUCUGUCAGCUCAAGGGAGGCUGUGCUACCUGGUCCUCUCCAAGGCUGACCUAAUGGGGGAGGGGGCUGUUGAAGAGGUUAGAAGGUGGAGUGAGGAGGCCCUAGGUCGACUAGGCCUCAAACAGACCACUUUCCUGGUGUCAGCUCUCCACCCAGGGGAGCUGGACUUCCCCAGGCUGCACGAGGCGUUGUGUGGUGCACUGGCUUCCCACAGAAGGGCUUCCCUUGCCCAUUAUGUUGUAGAGCUUUUGGAAUCAGAGGUGUGGGGGGGGAAGGGCCAGGGAGACCCUUGCAAACUUCAGUAACAUGUCAUUUCAACAAACUGUAUUAUGAUAGCUAAAAAUAUAAUUUUUGUCUGUCUCCUGUUGUAUCAAAGCCAUGAUGUGAGACGUCAGAGGCUCUGGAUAAUCUGAAUGACUGGGUCCAUGUUCUAUAUUCAAAUCAAAAUAAAACCAA